AUGGCCCUGGACAGAGGCCCACUCCUGCUGCUGGUCCUUGGCCUCAGCCUGGCUGGUACCCAGAAGAUGCUAGAAGAAGUGCCAGUGCAGCCAGGCUUUGAGGCACAGAAGGUGGAGGGACGUUGGUUCACCCUUCGGCUGGCGGCCAGCCACACAGACCUGGUGUCUCCAACGGACCCACUGAGGCUCUCUCUCCACUCCAUCCAUGCCAGGGAUGGUGGGGACGUGGAGUUCCUGCUGUUCUGGAAAGGAGAGGGGGUGUGUGGACAAGAAAACAUCACUGUGCACCCCACUGAGCUGCAAGGCCAAUACCACGGCUCCUUCCAGGUGGGCAGCAUGGACAUCCGCUUUGUCAGCACCAACUACAGCAACCUCAUUCUCUACGUGCGCUUUGAGGAUGGGCAGGUCACCAACAUGUGGGUGUUGCUGGCGCGAAGAAUGAUCGAGGACCCCCAGUGGCUGGGGAAAUAUCUUGGGUAUGUGGAGCGAUUCCACCUACAAGAGGCACCUGUGUUUAACACCAACGGCCAAUGCCCCCCACCCCAAGCCUAGGUCCAGCCCCUUUCUGCACCUUCCUGCCUGGCCUUGGCCCUCGUGUUGCCUUUGGCCUCU